AUGCCGCAGGACCUGGAACAAGAAAGAGAGAAGGAUGAUAAAUCACCACCGAUCACCCUCACAGAAUCUCCCAACAGAAUGACUUCCGGUUCACCCAUCAGCCCUACAGUCAACGAGCCAGUUCUCCCGACACCUAGCCGGAAUUUCACCAUCAUCCCUCCAGAUCAGCAAGUCCACGUCGGAGCGCCGACCAACUUACACCCCUACACGCGGCCCCUCACCAUCUCAGACCUGGAAUCCUGCGUUGCACUCGAGAACGCCGCAUUCACCAAUCCAGAUGAGCGGGCUACAAGAGAAAAGUUCGCCUACCGCCUCAGCAAAUGCGGAGAGCUAUGUCUAGGCAUCUUUUGCACUGUAGACCCAAAGACCGACUUUAAAGCGGAGACUUUGGCAACAGGCAAGCCCAUCGAAACAAGCCGCAAGAAUGGUGCUAUCAGCGUCUUGCUCGGACAUGUUAUAGCAGUCAAAACCAAUGAUUCUCUUGCUACAGACGGGUCUAUGGACUACCCCAAGGACUGGGACUCAGCCCAUCCCCAACCUUCAACGGUGGGUCACCAGGAGGCUGGUAGGACCAUUGUCAUCCAUUCAGUUGCUAUCUUACCUGGCUUUCAGGAGAGGGGAUUAGGUCAAACCUUGACAAAGGCGUAUGUUCAGCAGAUGAGUGGGGCAGGGAUCGCUAAUAAGUUGGCCUUGAUUGCUCAUGAUCACAAAACUCAAUGGUACGAGAAGCUUGGCUUUGUUAAUAAGGGGAAAAGUAAGGCGCAGUUUGGAGGUGGUGGAUGGUUUGACUUGGUGUUUGAGAUGAAGGCACAGGACCCACGAACAAGAUAUGGCUGA